AUGGCUAUGAUAACUGCAGGAUCCAAUCAAGUUCCUCUCGGCGAGAAAACAUGCGCUGCGGCUACGGUAUCUGCCAGUGCGCAUUUCAAUAAUGUUUAUGUGCUGCCACAAACGCCGCAGCUUAUUGCAUUACUCUCAAUCAUACGGAACAAGGACACAGAGCGAGCCGACUUUAUAUUCUACUCUAACCGGAUUAUUCGAUUACUCGUGGAAGAGGGCUUGAACCACCUUCCUGUGAUUGAGCAUAAAAUCACCACUCCAGUUGGCCACACGUACAGCGGCCUCAUGUUUCAAGGAAAGAUAUGUGGCGUGUCUAUCAUGCGCGCUGGCGAAGCCAUGGAGCACGGCCUACGUGACUGCUGUCGUUCCGUCCGCAUUGGCAAGAUCCUCAUCCAGCGUGAUGAGGACACAUCGCAACCAAAGUUGUUCUACGACAAGCUCCCGGAAGAUAUUGCCGAGAGAUGGGUGCUGCUUCUUGAUCCGAUGUUCGCCACUGGCGGGUCAGCAAUUAUGGCUGUUCAGGUGCUCAAAGCCCGCGGAGUACCAGAGGGCCGCAUACUAUUUCUCAAUUUAAUUGCCAGCCCCGAAGGCGUUCAAAAUUUCGCCACAAAGUUCCCUCAGCUGAAAGUCGUGACCGCUUUUAUUGAUGAGCGGCUGGAUGAGAAAAAGUACAAUACUCCCCAAACCGUUCAAUCUGGUAUGGACUAA